UACAGACUAUGGCCCACAACUACGUUGUAACAGCACAUAAACCAACUGCCGUUAAUGCAGCUGUGGUUGGUAAUUUUACCGCUGCGGAUGACUUGAAUUUAAUCAUAGCCAAAAACACUCGCCUUGAAAUCCAUGUUGUCACCCCAGAGGGUCUGCGACCUCAUCUCGAUAUCGGGAUUUAUGGACGAAUUUCUGUUAUGGAGCUUUUUAGACCAGCGGUAAGUUUCACUGUUUUGCUUUAUUACGUCUGUGUUUUUGUGCUUGUUUGUUGGUUUUGAUUUGUCAGUUAGGUGGUUGACGGAUAUUAAUGAAUAUUGCUUAACCCUUUCCACUCUGUUUUGCUGAAAAGAAACGAAAAACAAAUCCCAAAGGGUUCUUUCUAAAGCUUUCAAUAUUAUGUGCUGUACACAUAUUAUUUGUACUGAGCCAAGACCGAGUGACCUAUGGUUCCAGCAGCUUAAUGACUACCAAGGGUAAAGAUUGGAAAAAAAUAUAUAAUGAUAUGUCAUCUUUUUUGCCCACUGUCUUUAAGGUGCUUCACGGAAUGUUUCUAUAACUUUUUCAUAAAGCAACCGUGUUGUAAAUGCAUUAUGUGUGAAAGGUGGUGGUGCGGGGGAGGGAAGGGGGAGGGGGCCUUGGCAUGUGCUGAACACUUAAAUGCGAUGAAUCAUUUGCUACAGUCUAGUACUGUGUUUAAAAUCCACCCAAAUGCAAAAAUACUGCAUCCUGCACAUUUGAAAAUACUGCAGUGCUGGAAUUCGCCAAAAAAUGGGUGUUAAAUAGUCCAAAUCUCCGCCAUGCAGUAGAACACCAGUAACUUCAACUUUCAUGAGAUAAAAUUAAUUCAAGGCAAUAAUGAUUGGUAAGGAAUUUCAAGUAGGCAGUAUUUAGGCAAUGCCGUGCACCUUUGUGAAGUUCCAAAAAAAAAAAGCCAUUGUUCCUUUUAGAACUAGGAGUAAUCGGAGCUUAGAAGAGUGUGUUCGAUAUGUUUGUAAGAAGUACAGGUGGCAGUUGAGGAGGAAGGGUGGAUGGUUAUUGCAAUAGAUUAAGCCCAGCUUCCAAAUGAGCACUAUGAUCGCUGUGAUCGCUGCAAUGGCUGAGAAAAAAAAAAUUCAGCGAUCUCAGCAACAACGAUCGCUGAGAUAGAACUUUUUAUAUCUCAGCGAUUGUUGUCGCUGCAAUCGCUGGAGAGUGGUUUCAUAUGAUCGCCAAGAUCGCUGCGAUCGCUGAAGUUUUUCUUUUUUCCUCAGUGAUCGCAGCAAUCACAGCGAUGGUAAGGAUCAUAUGGAAAGCGUGCUUUAAUUUGAUCGUCGCUUAUUAUAAACGUAAGGAUUUCUUACAGCGAAACCUAUAUUUAAACUGUGUAUCAUUAUGAAAAAGCCUUGAAGGCUGGUGAUAUCUUAUGGUCCGUCUCAAUAAAUGCAGUAGUUUGGUCGAGUGUGUUGAUUUCAGUAACUUGAGUGGAGCUACUGUGGGCUGUUUAUAAGUUUUUCCGAAUAGCAUAGACCUAAAAUGUUCGUUUGUCCAGUGCCAAAAGUAUCACAAGUCAUGAUGAAACGGCACCGUCGAGCUUCACAUCUCGGUAGAUUUACUUUGUGGCACAAUGGCCGCCGAGCUACACAACUCUGUAGACUUACUUUGUGGCACAACGGCCGCCGAGCUACCCAACUCGGUAGAUUUAGUUUGUGGCACAACGGCCGCCGAAACUUUUGAAACAUGAACGUUUUGAAAGAUUCAGCAAACACAGAUCAAUAGUAGACCUUCAGCAAACUCUUGAAAUAUGUACACUUUACAAAGAUUCAGCAAACUUUUAAAAGAUGAACGCUUUACGAAGACAGAAUAAAAGACCUCAGCAAAGGCUUGAGGACGCAUGAAUCACCACGUGAGUUAGAUCGUCAAAGUGAGGCAAAACGUAAGCAAGCGCCUCAAAUUGAGGCAAAUGUGUGUCGACGACGACGACAAAUGCAAUCUCAAAAAAAUCUCCCUUAUUAAUUUCACUGGGUACCCAAUAAUGAACAGAACACCCAACACAAAUUAGAGGGUGUGUUCUAGUAUCUCAAACGCAAAUAUGAGCAUUCUUUGGAGGUUUCUACUUUUGGGAAUUUAGCAGCAAAAAAGUAAACAACAACAACAGCUACAGCAGAGAUUGUGACACAGGGUACUAUAAUUAUGUAUGUCACAAUGCGGUAGAGGCAUUUGUCCACUUUUCCAGUGUCACAUUUUUUGACAAGCUUACGUUUUUUUGAUUGAGAGCUCAUUUUGGUAUUAAAAUGUAAUUAAGUAGUGGUCAGGGGAUAUCAUUAUUUUACUAGACCCUCACCAACUGUUGGUGUUUUCCUGUUUGCAGAAUGAACCUCAAGAUCUUUUAUUUAUUCUGACAGCACGGUAUAGGGUGUUUAUACUUAGCUACAAGCCAGAAACUGGUGACAUUGUGACAAGGGCUUGUGGAGAUGUCCAGGUAUGUAUAUCACAAAGGUGUAGCUGUUUGCUGAGGGAAGUUAGUACCUUUAUUUCUCGAUUUAUUGGUAUUGGUCCUGUAGUGUGUUAGGAUGCAAAGUCAAAGUUUGCCAACAUGCGUUUUACUCAGUCCUCUCAACCUAGCUUGCCAUUCCGGGUUGAACAUUCUACACUAGCACCCAGUACACCACAGGUCCUCCCCAGGUAUCAAACCUUCAACCUCCUGCAGUAAUAGUUGAGGGGCUAGCAUGUUUAAAUAGCAUCUUUAACAUUUCAUCCAUUCAUAUAGAUGAGAAUUUAAACUAACCAGAUUUGCCAUUAAAGAUCAUCACACCCCCUAUUUUUUUUUAGAAAAGGCACAACAAAAUAGAAAAUAUUAAAAUUUCUACUAUUAAACACAGCCCAUAAGCUUCAAUAAUAAUAUUAAUUUACCAACACAACAGUCUUAUUUACUCACACAACAGUGUUGGUGGUCUUUUAUUUUGUCCGUCUCUUAACUCAUGCUAGUGAUGAUUACCAGUAUAUCCAUGGUGCUUAUUAUUUGAAAUCAUUAAUGUUGUACACCCUACAUUCUGUACUUUUCCAACUUGCACUGUAAUCAUGAUAAUUAUUAUUUACAUCAGUAUUUAUUGUUAAUUUAUAGUGUAGUAUUUCUUCUUGUUUAUAAUCUUUCUGUAUUUAAAUCAGGAUCGGAUCGGCAGACCAUCUGACACAGGGUUGAUAGGGAUCAUAGACCCACAGUGCCGUAUGAUUGGAUUGCGACUCUAUGAUGGACUCUUUAAAGUGAUUCCCUUGGAACUAGACUCCAAUAAAGAACUCAAGGCUUUUAACAUCAGGUAAGGCUAGCUGGCCAUUUUCUCACAGAAGUGCAUAAAGUUGAAAAAAGGUUGUGGAAGUGCACUUAGCUUAGUCAGCUAGUUACAGGCACUCCACUCAAAUAUUUAGAAAUUUAAAAUAAUCCAAAAUAAUAGACCAUAACAAGAUUAAAAACUCCAACUGACAGAAGACAACCAGUUGGUUAUUUACAAGCAUAGCCAAGGAUUUGAACUGGAGAUGAUCAAGAACAAAUCCAUCAAGUGGCGAGAGUGGGACACUCAAACCGGGGACUGCCGGAUUGUGAGUCCGACAUGCUGGCCACUCAGCCAUGUUGCCCUUUCAUUGCAUUACAAUAACAUUAGUGUUCCAAUACAAUAUACGGUAUUUUCUUUUGCAUUUGAUUUAUAUUUAGACUCGAAGAGCUACAUGUGAUCGACAUUGCAUUUCUUCAUGGCUGUCAAGUCCCCACCAUUGUUUUUAUUUACCAGGUAUCUUUCCGAUGUUAACUCAUUUAGAAAAGGUGCCUUUUUGUUAUUAUUAUAAUUUUUGUCUCAAAGUAUUCUGUAACUCUAACGAUAUGGUGCAAUUCAAUUCAUAUCAGGAUCCUCAUGGUCGCCAUGUCAAAACAUAUGAGAUAGUGCUGCGAGAUAAAGAGUUUAAUAAGGGUCCCUGGAAACAGGACAAUGUAGAAGUGGAAGCGUCAAGAGUAAUCGCCGGUAAAAUAAUAUUCUGCUUUGGUUUCUUUGAUGUGUAGUAAAACUGUUGUUUGGAACAAUAGUGUUAUUGAGAUUAACAUUUGAAAGUCAGUUUUCUGGUGAGCACUUGAGAUGUUGCCUCAUUUCGAAGCUCUUUAUCUUUGAAAAAUGAGGUAACAAGGGUGCCUGCUAAUCAUUUUGGAAUAAAAUAUGUUAGUCUUGUGGGUUGGUCCAGAUUGUCUGUUACACCCUGCCUGACAUUCUGUUCACAUCUAUUGUUACUUUUUCUUGUAAUGUUUAAAUAAUGCUUGUCUGCCUUUGUAAUAUUCACAUAAUCACUAAUCAACUUCGUCAAUCUUAUUGAAACAUUGCUCCAGUUUGUUUUCCCAUCUUUUAGCCUGCUACAAUGUAUUAUACAUGUAUUUGGUUAUUUUUCUGUAUGCUUAAUGGAAGUCUCUAACAAAUCUCUAGUUCCAGAGCCACUUGGUGGAGCUCUCAUCAUUGGACAGGAGUCAAUAACGUACCACAAAGGAGCCAACUACCAUGCUAUCGCUCCUCCAGCUCUCAAGGUAAACUACUACUGCAUCAAGUCAAGGCAUUUAAAGUUUGUCAUCAUUCUGUAGCUAGUUGAUAGCCAUUUGUGUAUUACUUUACAUGCAAUAUUAGCUCAGUGUUCAAUAGCAAAAUGUUUUCUUGAAUAUGAUAAACUGUGUUGGCUACAGUUUAACCACAUUUCUUCAAGACUGAUUAAACUUGGUUAAACUACCGGUAUAUAAUAUAUUAUUACAUUUAUUAAUAUUGAAAAAAAUUACUUCCAUCUCUAUGUCCCUCCUAAGACCCCCACACCCCCUAAAUAAAAUCUAUUCCACCCCACCCUCUUCCCCAAGGGCAAUAGUGAAAUAAAUUACUUCCAUCUCAAUUUUCCUCCCAAGACCCCCACACCCCCUAAAUAAAAUCUAUUCCACCCCACCCUCUUCCCCAAGGGCAAUAGUGAAAUGAAUUACUUCCAUCUCAAUGUCCCUCCCAAGACCCCCACACCCCCUAAAUAAAAUCUGUUUCACCCCACCCUCUUUCCCAAGGGCACCCUCCAAAUGAAUAUCACUUGCACCUAUCAUCCCAUUAUCACCCUCUUGUACAAAACAUUAAGAAUACUAUUUUUGCAGCAAAAUUGACUGAUCAUUAUUAGAACACUGCAUGAAGGAAAUUCUGUGGUGUUGAAAGGUUUUCCUAAGACAGUAAUACUGUUAGUUGCACAAUUUUUAGUGGUAUGUAACAAUGUUAAAGUAAAUACUGUAUUACUAUCGAAGGUUUUAAAAAGAAUCUAUAUUUUGAUCAAUGAAUGUUUUCAGUUUCUUUGGACAUAUAAUGAUAGCUUUUCCAAAAUAUUGCUUACUUUAUAGCAAAGUACCAUCACUUGCUAUGGGAAAAUUGAUACUAAUGGCUCUCGUUAUCUCCUUGGGGAUAUGAAUGGCCGACUAUUCAUGCUGCUCCUUGAGAGACAAGAGCUGAUGGAUGGGAACAUUGAGGUCAAGGAUCUUAAACUGGAGCUUCUUGGAGAGGUACAUGUAGAAAGAACAUAGGCCAAAUAAUCAAUACAUUCAUCAUGAUUGUUGGCUGGUGGAGAUCACAGAUGUACAAAGCUAUCAUCAUGUAAUAAUAAUAACCUAAUCAAGGUCAAUUGUUCGACUGGUCUUCUGUUGAAUAGAUAUAUAACGCAAACAACCUGUAUUGUUGUUCUCUCUUAACACUCGUUCGGUAAGAAACAAGACCGCUGAUGUUCUGGAUUAUGUUUCUGACUGUAGAGCUGAUCUGAUUACAUUUACGGAAAAUUGGGCGGGGUGAGAAUGAUGCAGCAAUUAAAGCGGAACUUUGUCCAGAUGGAUACCAGUUUAUGGAUCAAUGUAGAAAUGGACAUCGUGAAGGUGGAACAGGUUUAAUGUUUCGAGAUUCCUAAUCUGUGUAAAGAAAGCAGGAGGAGGCAAGCAUGAGUCUUUUGAAUUUUCGGAGUGGAUCAUUAUCAGACAAGUUUCGUGCAGUUAUUAUCUAUUGCCCUCCUUAUUCAGAAGUUCAUUCUGUGACAUCUAAUACUUUCUGUACGGACGGAAAUUGUGAGGUAUAUGGGGUCCAUCCUUCUAAAGAGAAGCUCACAAUAAUACGAGAGAUAUGAUAAGGUAUAACAUCCACCAUUGUUGUCAGAUAAACCCAUUGCACCUUUCUGGGCAUCACUAGUAUCAUUGGCAUUGAAGCGUUAUCGCUGUUAUCAGAAUGAAAUUGGAUCCCUGAACAUGUACAUACUAAUAAUGCUCAAAGUGUGCUAAGUCAGGGUUAAGUUGGGUACAUAGUUUACAAUAACUUCGUACUUCGUUGUUUGUUUAAAUCAUUUGCUUGAUAUUUUUUUACUGUAGACUUCAAUAGCCCACUGCCUUACAUACUUGGACAAUGGCGUAGUUUUCAUUGGAUCAGCACUGGGAGACUCACAACUUGUCAAGGUACCAAGCACCAGUGUUUUGUCUCAUCACCAUCAAGUACACUUUGUAUCAUGGUCACUCAACAAAAUCACCAAAAACAAGCCUUAAGACAGUUGUACACAAGAGUAGAUGCUAUGACUGUCAGGCCACUCACAUGUACAUUGUAGAUGUAGAUAAACAACAACAACAACAAUCUUUAUGUGAUGAAAAUUAGAGUACUUGCUGCCUGGAAUAACCUUAGGGGCUAGCAGAGCCAGGUAGCCAGUUGACAUCAGCAUUAAAUAGAAAUAAAUUAAAGGUCAGCAAGAAAACUGAAACACAAUAAAUUGAACAAAACUAAAAAAUUACUGCCAUCUUUCUCGCUGAACAAUUGCUUAACAGUUACAGAAUUACACAAUUAAAGUGCGACUACUCAAACCAGGGCACUUGGAAAAAGAUUAUCCAAUCACAACAAUUUUUGAAAACAAAAGAUUCCCAAUUUUUAUUGCAAGAUGACCAAUAAAUUUCAAGGUUUGACUAUGCAACUGUCAAAAACUUUAAAACCGUUGAACAUAUCGAUCUGACCUCUAUGGAAACGGCCCUUAAAUUUAUGAAUGUUAUUGGUCUCUUUGCAAUUAAAAAACUUGAUAAUCUUUUGUUAUUAAAAAGCCAGUGUGAUUGGAUAAUCUCGUUCCAAGUGCCCCAGUUCAAGUAGUCUCACUGUAAAUCCCUAUAGAGAGUGAAUCUGUCUAAUCACUUUGCUUCAUAUCCUUGGCUGGGAAUCUGCUUAUUGCAUGAGAUACUGUUAAAACUAAGUGUCUAGCACUAAGUGUCUCAGAGUAUUAUCUUGUGUUUUUGCAGCUCAACACUGAGACAAAUGAAAAUGGUUCCCAUGUGCAUGUUAUGGAAACUUUCACCAACCUUGGACCCAUUGUAGACAUGGUGGUGGUUGAUUUGGAGAGACAGGGUCAAGGACAGGUAACUAACAACAUCCAUUCCUUUUUGACCUUUUUUUAACGUAAAUCAUUCAUGUUUAACUUCUGGUUUUUUCAGGGAGGGAACUUUUUCUUGCAUGUCCUUUGAAAUUGUAUUAUUACUGGUAUACUGCAUGUAACAAGAAUUAUCAUUCAAAGCAAAUUUUUCUUUAAUACCAUUUUAAAAACUUAUAUGAAUGCCGUCCAACUGUGUUUGGGUAAAUUCUGCACAGUCCCUGCUUUUCCUGCUUCACUUAAGGAUAUUCAUUAAAAACAAACUUGAUGAUCGAAUGAUUGUCAGUGUCUGCAGAUCAAUUAUUUGCCUCAGCCUUGGUCAGGACAAAUCACGAUAUUUUGCUCAACCUCAUCCAACAACUGUUAAUUAUCCCCACAAGUUUGUUACCAGGGCUAAAAAAUAAGGGCUGGUCAACAGACAGUGUCUGGUCAAGAUUAUUAGUGUGAUCGGGAGGGAACAAGAAGUACUUUUUUGUUUAAUGUACCGGCAUCUAGAUCAAACCCUGCAUUUUGCUGGUGUAGAGGUCAUUGGGUUAAGGUUUCAACUAGGAUGUAUCCUUCUACACUAGAACGAAGAGAGGUUAUUGAACAUGUUAGGUAUUGAGUGCCUUAGUUAAUUUUGUUUGUUUUCAAAUAGUUGGUUACAUGUUCGGGUGCUCUCAAGGAAGGCUCAUUGCGAAUUAUAAGAAAUGGCAUUGGCAUUCAUGAGCAUGCUACAAUUUCAGACCUGGUGGGAAUUAUGGGUAGGUCAAUUUCUCAUGCCAUUUCCUAAACAAAGCUGUCCCAUUAAAUUUGUUUUGUACUAUAAUUAUUGGUUGUGCUCACAUUUAAUACAGCCCUAUUAAACUAUAGUCUCUCUUUUUUCAAAUAAUAUCUCCCGUAAUUUUAUAGAGCUGAUGUAUUUCAUUAUGUGGCAAGCAACAUGUAGGAAGAGGAUGUAACUACCUUGUAUUGUCAGGGGGUGUGGAGUGAGGAAGUUCAAAGCAGUUUUUGAUGCUCUGCUCUCCCUCUCCUAGGAAAUUUCUUACCAACCAGGGUAACCAUGAUAUUCUCUCCCAGUGAGAUUUCUUAGCACACAAUUGGUACAAGAAGUCAAAUCAUUGAUUAAAAUUUGGUCAAAAAAUGAUCUUUUUGUUUAGUCUACUGUAUUAAAUGUUCCUGCUUUUUUUACUUAAUAGUUUUUGUUUUUGCUUGAUAAUGGACAUCAAUAAUAAGCAAAUGCUUGUGGUGAUGCAGUACCUCUUAAUAAUAUUAAAAUAAACAAUUUAUCAAUAGUAUAAUUUCCAGCAAUGACAGUAAAAAUUUUACCUGUGUACAUUGGAGUUUUAAAUGAGAUUUACCUUUAUUAAUCAGGCAUCUGGCCUUUGCGAUUGAAAAAGACUGCAAAGAACUUUGAUGAUGCCUUGCUUCUUUCAUUUGUUGGACAGAGCAGGUACGUUUUUUAGGUAGUUUCGAAAACGAAGCACUCGAAAACGAAGACCGAAGCACGAAGCACUCAAAACUCGAAAACGAAGCACCCUAGAUCAAAAACGAAGACCCCUAAAUCUCGAAAACGAAGCACCCAAAACUCGAAAACGAAGCACCCUAGAUCGAGAACGAAGCACCCAAAAAUUCGACACCAGUCUGUCCUUUAUAAACACAAGACCAAUGCUAAUACAGCAGGAAUCAUGAGGAAUCAAGCACGAUAACGAAUCGAAUGCAGUGCAAAUCUACUCAAGUUGUAAAUGCAUUUCCGCCGCUGCGUGGGAGGUCCGGUGGGAGGCCAUGUUUUGGACGUGAUCAGAAAACCGAGAACGCCCAAACCAUUUCUCGAAUGUUACUGUAUUGCCAGUAAAAACCAGUUAAAUUCGCAGGCUUGAAUCGAUGAUAGAGAGCUUUAGAUUCUAAGACGAGUACGAGUACUAAGUGGUGCUCGCGCGAACCAGCGUCAUUUUGGCGGGGUGAAGGGGGGGGGGGCAUAAGGGGCGAAAACAAGAGAACAAAUGUUAGAAGUUUGAUAAUUUUGCGAUCGGGAGGGGGCGUAACCUCCUGCCCUGGUGAAAAAUGGUAAAAUGAAGCUUUCCGGAGAGUCUAUAUUUUGACUUCAAGUCAAAUCUGGUAUUCGUAGUCGUCCUCGUCCUCGAAUCUAAAGGUCUCCAAUAUUCUGUAGCUAACCAAUAUACAGCAGAAUACCAUUGUUAGAAAACAUGUAUAGAUAAGUUAUGGACUACCGAAACCAUUGUCACGCGUGUUUGUCGUUACUUCAGUAGCGUUUUUCAAAAAUUGCACUCACCACCCCACUUAAAGGUGCAAGAACCAGGAAAGCCGAGAGCCAACUGAAGAAUGGUUACUUACAAGUAGUUUAAGCUCCUACAGAACACGUGACUUUUUAGGUCUAAACAAUCGGAAAACAUUAGGGCCAUUUAUACGAGGAAAAAUAAGACGUGUCUUACAUAAGACGCGUCUUAAAUAAGACACGAACUGUAACAUUUAUACGAGCAUGUCUUAUCUAAUAAGACGUGUCUUAGCUAAGCCGCAUCUUAUUUUAGACGAAAUGUGCCGUUUAUACGGAAAGUUCGCGUCUUAUAUUUCCUCGUAUAAAUGGCCCUAUUGUCCUUGUUACAGUUACAGUUUUGUACCGAAAAAAUGCAUAUUAAGGUAAGAUGUAUCAAGUAUAGCGAGACCAAUAAUAAAAUUAAUACAGUAUAUCCUAUCUAGAAAAGUUCAGUUAAAGAGUUGGCAGGCUCUUAUAAAACCUUGCGAUGGAUUUUGUGGACCUUUGGAGGUGUGGACGCAUCUGCUGCCUCCACCUGAUUCAGGUGCUUCGUUUUCGAGAUUUGGGUGCUGCGUUUUCGAGAUUUAGGGGUCUUGGUUUUCGAUCUAGGGUGCUUCGUUUUCGAGUUUUGGGUGCUUCGUUUUCGAGAUUUGGGUGCUUCGUUUUCGAGAUUUGGGUGCUUCGUGCUUCGGUCUUCGUUUUCGAGUGGUUCGUUUUCGAAACUACCCGUUUUUUAAGGGGUUUCUUUCACUGUCCACAGAGAUUUUUUUUAACCGUCUGAAAACGGCCCUAGUUCUUAUCUUCAUUUAUGUCUAGAUAAUCUGUUAAUGGAAAAUGAAAGGUCUGGGAACAGACCAAUUUCUAAAGAAACUGAUGUUGCAUUGUUGGAAGAGUGAAACACAAAAAGUUGGUUUUUAUCAACUGAUUUGAUAAUGUAAAUUUUUCAGCAUGCAGAGAUUUCAAGCACUAGUCCUUUGUCAUCUUGAUUCACACAGGCCAGCGCUCAAAAUCUCAGCUUUAAAACCUAUUUAUGGUUGUAGAUUUACAUUCUAGUUUAUGAGUAAACUCAGUUGACAAGACCUAGUAAGUGUUUGUAUGAGAGAUGGACUGAGUUCCCUGGCAUGGCUUCUGUUAGACUUCACUGCGCAAUAUUUUUCUUGAAUUUGCUUUUCAUUUGGAAUGUGCAACAAAAUUGUUGAUGAAUUUUUAUAAUGAUUUAUUUUUCUGUCUGUCAAAAGAAAUUGUAGUUAAUUGGUACUUGUGUGUCUAUUGCUACUUUUUUAGGUAAGAGUGAAGAGAGUUACAUGAUUGUAAGUGGUCCACUUCACUUGCAGUUGUUGGUUGCCUAAACCUCUCAAAAUCAAAAUGAAUUUCUCUGACUUAAGUGCAGUUAUUUUUCUUGUAGCAAACAAAUUUCAGAAACAGAAGUUAAAUGAUUUAAAAUUACAUUGACUUGAUAUAACUAUUUCUCUUGUUGGUUUGGUUGACUAUAAUAUUUGUACAUUUAUUUAUUGGUUUUAUAUGGAUUGUUUUGUUAACCUGUUGUUCUGAUUUUGAUUUUCUUAGAAUUUUAGCUCUUACUGGAGAGGAAGUUGAAGAGACGGAAAUUCCUGGGUUUGAUGACAACCAACAGACCUACUUUUGUGGAAAUGUCACUGGUGAUCAAAUCAUUCAGGUACAUUUUAUUUUAGGUUCCUUCAGACAACAUCAUUCACUGCUAUAGGAGGCAACACAGGCAACCCAAAGUCAUAGUUAUGAGGAAAAGGUGGAUGUAAUGUACAGAAGUUUGUUUUCACCAUAAUGAUGAGGUUUGUGACAAGUUUUGAAGGGAGUGGCAUUGAACAGGAGAUUACCGGUAGAUGCUCUUAAAAACUUAACAUAAAAUUAUUUUGUUGAAUUGCUCUUAACUGGGUCAGGGUAUGUUUUUGCAUAAAAUCUUUUAAUAUCCCUCAAAGUGUUUUUUUUUUUUUAUAAGGCCUGCUUUUAACAUUUAGGUGAUUUUGUCACCUAAAUGUUUUGUAGCACUGGGGCAUUUAAGGGCAUUUUUGCUUUACAAGAUGGUUAUAGUCUGUGUUGAUGUUUUUGAUGCAGGUCACCACAUCAUCAGUGCGUCUUGUAAGCUGUGAAACAGGGCAGCUUGUUUGGUGAGUUGAUUCUCUUUUUUUUUAAACUCUUUCAAUGCAUGUCUGUUUUCAUACUUACUUUUAAGUAAAAAAAACAUAAACAAGUUUUUGAUGCGUGCCAUAUCUUAAAUUUGUUUCAGUUCCACAGAAAGAAAGCCUAUAAUAAAUGUUGUAUUAGCCUUGCCGUCAUGCUACUUUGUGAAUGAAAGAUGUAUUUGCUAAAUAAUAUGAUGUGACAUGACUUUCUUAAAUGUCCAGGUAGACUGAGUGUAGCAUUUCAUCAAGAGACAUUAGUUUACUUUAAUGCUAAAGUCUGGAAGUACUACAUGUAUGAAACAACAAAAGGGGCAAAUAAUGUCUACUUUGUAGAUUAAUGGAUGUUAUUAUGGUAAUGUUUGGUUUCAUUGUCAGAUGAAGUAAGUUUUGAGAUUCUUUCCUUCUCCUUCAUUCCACAGUGAAUGGCGGCAUCCUUCGCAUAAAAAUAUCAGUGUAUGUGCAUGCAACUCAGAGCAGCUUGUGGUGGCUGUUGGCUGUGAUUUGUUCUACAUGGAAUUAACUGUUGGGCAAAUUAAUCUUAUCAGGUGAUUGGCCAGUCAAUAAACUCACAUAAUUACUUGAAUUGAUUCAGUGUGCAUUCCAUUCAUUUGCUUUGUAGAAUCUGAAUCUUUUAGUUCAGUUCAUGCUUUAAAGGAGCUGUGUCAGGAAAUUUACCAAAAUUCAAACAGUGAGAACUGCCACCAAUUAGAAUGAAACUUUAACCCUUUAAGUACCAAUAGUGACCAACAUCAAUUUUCCCCUGAUGAUAUCCAUAUAUUGUCAAGAGAUUAGGUUAUGAGAAUUAAUAAAAUGAUCACCUAGGACAGAAAAUGCUUUGAUCUUCUCUCAACUUAUCCUUAUAAGGAAAUGUAUAGAGGCCACAUUGAAGAAUUUGUAUGUGGAUAUUGGGGCUUAAAGGGUUAAAAUAACUGCUCAAAAAGUUACAAAAAGGUAUAAAUAACAUCGCAAAUGAAAAAUUAGGCUAGGAUGGACAAACGUGAAGAGGAUUGAAACGGAUUGCAAUUGUGGUUUUUGAGAAGUUGUUAGCCUUAAAGUUUUCCAAAGUUCACUUUUUGUUAUAAGUAAUGGUUAAUAUAAUGCUUAGGAGACAUGCUUGUUUGACAUGAAGCUGUGAUUUUGUCAUUCACAAGUAAUUUCUUAAGUUUCACAGCAAAAGAACGCAUAAUUGGGAUUAUAAACAAAAUGAAUUAAACAGCCGUGACACAACCCCUUUUAGUCCCAAGAGCGACUAACAUGAAUUUUCUCCUCACAAUAUUCAUACAUCAGUCAGAGAAAAUGUCAUGAGAAAUUGAUAAAAUGAUGACCAAAGGAAAAUUACUUUGAUCUUUGAACAAAUUCUCUCAACCAAUUCCUUAUGGCAAGGUACAAAUGUGUGUACAAUGUAGUUCAGUCUCACAUGGAGAAUUUGUAUGUGGAUAUAUAUUGGGGCUAAGAGGGUUAGGAGGUAAGUUAUGUUUGCGGUUAGGAGAGAAAAGUGUUUUUAUGGUUUUGGUCAGUUGGUGAACAGGCUUCUGGGGGAGGUGGGAGGUGGGGUGAGGUAUUUGGAAGCUCUCCCUCUUAACUUUCCCUUCCCUCGCUGCUCGCACUUUCUAACGCCCUUUCUCUUCAUCUUUUACCCCAUAAUAGAGCCUGUUCAGUUCACAGCUUUGUUUUGUUAAGCAUUUUUCCCUUUAAAACUGCAGCAUGUAUUUACAUCUUGUCGUAUUGUUAAUUUCCAGCCAAACCACGAUGGAACAUGAAGUUGCUUGUCUGGAUAUCACUCCAACUUGUAAGAAAUCUAAUUAUUAUAUAAACUGAGGUGUUUUACAAGGAUUUCUACCACCGAGAAAUGUGGUAUCUGAACACACGUAAAAAUACGAUAUUUUUACAUGUGAAGAUAUCGAUAAUUUCACUGAAAUCAGGUUUGUCUCUUAAAUUGUACUUAAAUUCGUUGGUGUAUCAUCGAAACAUCUUCGGGUCUUCCUGGAAAGUGCUCGGCAAUCUUCGGAAAUCUUCGGACAUCUUCCGAAAUUUUCGGAAAUUCUCGGAAAAUGUUCGGGAACGUUCGUCUGGUCUUCGGGACAAUUUGAAAAAUCUUCGGAAGGUGGUCGGAAAUCUUCGGAAAAUCAUCAAAAACGCGGUCAUCAGUAUGUUUAUAUAAUAAAAAGAAUAUUACACGUUAGCUCGAAGAUAUGAAUUUUAUGUUCUCGUGGCAAGAGCAAUAUCUCACCCGUUCGCUGCGCUCACUCGUGAGAUAUUGUUCUUGCCACUCGAACAUAAAAUUCGUAUCUUCUCGCUACCGUGUAAUAUUCUCUAUUUACUACAUAUUACACGGUAGCGAGAAUAUAUGAAUUUUAUGUUCUCGUGGCAAGAGCAAUAUCUCACUCGUUCGCUGCGCUCACUCGUGAGAUAUUGUUCUUGCCACUCGAACAUAAAAUUCGUAUCUUCUCGCUACCGUGUAAUAUUCUCUAUUUACUACAUUUGAUAUUUCCAGACCUACAGCUAUUUAUUCUGUCUCCUACAAGGAUUUCAAUAGAAAUUGACAUAGCCAGCUGGUUUGAAUAGAGUAUUCUACUGUGUCAACAAGGCCGUGGGGCUGGUAGUCCCCUUUUUCUAGGGGUGUCUGGGGGCGUGUUUAAUAUUUGUUAAUAUUUUCUUUGUCUCUCACGUAGCAUUAUAUGUUUUUCUCCUAUGGUUGUUUACACAACAAGGGAAAGUAUUUUUCUAGAAGUUCGAUUUUGGAUAAUCUCUUCUCGUUUUGUAUCAGUUGAGUCAAACACCAGAGCUGACUUGGUAGCCGUGGGUUUGUGGACUGACAUUUCAGUUAGAGUGCUUAAGUUACCCGGUUGUGAGCAACUGUUUAUUGAGAUGCUUGGUGGAGGUGAGUCUUAUGGUUAGGUACAUGACUGUAAGGGAACUUUACCCUUAAACUCCUCACAGGCGUCCCAAGCUGACAUUACGAAUGUGCUAUGUAACUUUACUUUAGGUCUGCCAACGCUAAAUAUCACUAUAUUUUACUUUUUUUCUAUAAAAAAGGAGACUUAUCUUUGAUGUAUUCCUGUUUUUUUUUUGGUGUGAAUUCAUUGAUUUAGUCGGGUCUUUUGGCUGUUAUUGUGUGACCCCUGUCACUCCCUUCAUAAUACGAAUACAUCAAAGGUAAGUCUCCUUUAUUUAUUUUUUGCUCACCAAAAAUUCUGUUCCUUGUGUUCCUUUUCGCUUUUAUUUUAUUUACUGCCGCUCAUUUUCACCUUGCUGGCCGCUAGCAUUUCUCAUUUUCUCACCGCCGCUAUGAAAUUUUUGUGUUUUUCUUCCAACGAAUUUCGUCUCCUUUGUUUUAAAUCGCUCGCUCUAGCUCUUUCUCUGUUAUCCUCCUGAGUGUAGACAUCAAAAAUAACAUCGAAAAAGAAUUGACUUUGUAUUCGUUUUUUCCCUCUUGAAGUCCGGGUGGCCAUGCGAUUUCCCACCAAAAACACCUCGAGUUGCCUGUGGUGUCAUACUUGUUAAUUGAGUUAUUUUACAUUGGUAUACCUGUGGUGCAGACAGACGGACGGUCGGACGGCGUACGGUCACAUGAUUACCAAAAUUUCUAGGAUAGAUGCAUUACCAAAUUUUCUUAGCUAUUAAUUAAAUGUCUGCAUCGUGCCAGAGAAAAUCAUACCUGUUACAAUUUAUCUUAUCACUGCAAUUUAUCUACUUUAAUUUUCUCCUGUCCAAACAUUUACUUGAUAGGAUAUUGAAAAUGCACCUCUAUUCCUUUUCACAGAAAUAAUUCCUCGCUCUAUUCUGAAGACAUCUUUUGAAGGAAUUCAUUACCUGCUUUGCGCUUUGGGAGAUGGAACUCUGUUUUAUUUCACCAUGGACCCAAGCAAUGGUACAUUUGAAUACCUUUGACGCCUAUAACUCUUGGCAGAAUAGUAGCUUAACUAAGAAUGUCUAAAGAGUUACGAAAUACACUAUGACAUCCCGAAAGUACAUAAUUUUAAUUAUAACAGCAUAAUUUGGCUUUCUGUACACUGAACAUUGGACAUGUUAGCCACAUGUCAGGAGUAACUGAUAUUCAAAGAGAGUAAAGGGUAUGGUUAAUUCUUUUUUUUACUGAGAAAGUUGUGGGACAGUUAAUAUUAGUCCCACGCGGCCAAGGAGACUUGCCUGACGAAACAAAAACGGUCGCGAGCAAGAAACUUUUAAAGCUUACUUGCCUUAUGGGCAAGGGUCUGAGCAAGUCAUUCUCUAAACAAAUCAUUAACUAAAACAUAGUCUACUGACUAUGACUAAAACGAGCAAGAAGUGGCCCUGGAAAAGCAAAAUGCGACAGCUGCUUGCCCAAAGAAAAAGCUGGAAUUCAAGUUGUUUUCGAACCCUGUAUUCAUUGAUUUAAAAAAAAAGUUUCUCUCAACGGUUCAACGAUCAUGUUUAUUUUUAAUGUUUACUCUAGGAUCCCUCACUGAGAGAAAGAAGGUGACACUUGGAACUCAACCCACCAUGCUGAGAACAUUCAAGUCUCUCUCAACAACAAAUGUGUUCGCUUGUUCUGAUCGACCUACUGUCAUAUAUUCCAGUAAUCACAAAUUGGUGUUUUCUAACGUUAACCUCAAGGUAUGUAUUAGGAGCUUGUCCAAUCAGUCUUUAGGAAGGGUUUCAGGUAUCCCGAACCUAUUGCUUAGGGUGCUUUUCAGCUGGAAAGAUUUAACCGAUGUCUAUGAUUUUGGCUACUUUAAUGAGGAAUAGUGGAAGUGUAAGGAAAUGUUAUUGAUUUUCUUGUAGUCAAGAAAACGUUUGAAAUAUCGGCAUGUAUUUUUAAAAAAAAUGGACAAAGAAGCUAUUGUUAUUAUAAUAUGACAACGCCAUCGUUACGGGGUACGCCAGUGAACAACGUCAACUUCCUUGACGUUAACCUUGUUACGACACUUGUUUUUUUUUCUCUCUCUCUCAAUCGAAUACGAUGUUUUUUUUUUUUUUUUUUUACAGGAAGUGAACUACAUGUGCCCGCUAAACUCUGAAGGAUUCCCAGACAGGUAAAUCUGAUCCUUGAUCGGCAAAUAACUGUAUCAUCGAGAAAGAUAUUUGUUUAGUCAGUGACACAGACGGCUCGAAUAAAAAGAACCGCUGAGUACCCUCAAUAGUAAUCGAACCUGUGACUUUCUGUAACUAGUCCAGAUGCUCUACAUGACUAAGCUAUAAGAGACCCGUGGGAGGUAAGGGCACUAAACUCGCUUUGGGUGACAAAGAUCCUACAUACUGCUAGGGCUGAAAUGUCGUUAUGUGCUUAUUCGCAAUGAAAGAAGAAAAUUCUCCAACAAAAAUUCAACAACAGCAUCGCUUUCACGUCCGGUGUUCGUGACUGCACGACGUGAGAAUUUAGCUUCAUGUUUUGAAUCGGUUUGCCGAACUGUUAACAUUUUCGCUCCAAACUGUGAAAUGCUCAAGUUCUGCAGGUUUUUUCAUUCCAGUAUGAAACGACUGGCAAAAUUUAAGUUGGAAACUUUAAAUACCUGUCUCAGAGCAACACGAUAGCCUCUACAGUGGUAACUGCACCCAUGAUAAUUUCGUGUCAAAUCAGCAUCUAAUCCAGGUGGUACUAGUUGUUUUAAAUUUGGAGCCCAUUCUCUUGACAUCCCUUCCGCCAUGUUUUGCCCCAAACCAGCUGGCUCCAAACGAGUCCUGUAGGAGUUGAACUCUUUUCCCUGCUAAAUGCCUUCUACUUUGUCGCAAUAAUUUUGCAAAGAUCUGGAGCUGCUUUGCUUCAUUUAGAGGUGUUUAUAAAACAAAGGCGGUUGUGAAGCAGGAAAGGUUGGGAGGAUUUAAUUGACGAUUUGUAUUCUUUGCGUUUCAGUUUGGCUGUAGCGAGUGAAGGAGCAUUGACCAUCGGAACAAUUGACGAAAUACAGAAACUUCACAUCCGAACUGUUCCUCUGGGAGAAAGUCCACGGUAUUGGAUUACAUGAAGUUAUUUACGGCGCUUUUGACUGAUUGUGUUCACUGUUUUCACAUAGACCAUAAUAGACCUUGUUUAGUCCCCCAAAUUUUGCAUAACCUUUGUCUUUGAUUUAUCUUGGGACGACUGUUAUACCUAUAGAAACUGAAAACAUUGGUUAUGCCUUUUUUUUUUAUCUGGAGUGGCGGGGGGGGGGGUAAGCAAGGUGCAUUAUGGUCUAUGUGAAAAUGGUGAAUUCGAAAUGAAAAUGCAAAUGAAGUGGCUUGGUUAUUACGGCAACUGAACUGAAUGAAGGAAAAUGGAGGGGAAUUGUAACGAUCUUUCUGGAAAUUGAUAUUCCGAAAUUCGAUAAAUCAAACGCAAGGUUUGCAUUAUUCAGUGGAAUCUGUCGCUUUCGUGGUAAAACUAAAUAUGCAGAAUGGCAGAUAGAAGAGAAGCUUUUUUGUUUGUUUAUUAUUUUUUUUCUGUUCGUUUACCUCUGUUUUUCCUGUUGUCUGUUUGGAAUCUUUGUUUCUGCCUUCUUUCACUCUUCUCAUGAUUUUCAGUUACCUGUCACGGGUAAUCUAACUGUCGACUAAACGAAACAGCCCCAUCCCCAACCAGAAAACGUAUUCCCCGUAUUAUUCAGCCUGCGCCACAAACGUAAUUUGAACGGCAACUUACUAUGAUAAAUUUCGCCUGGGUCGCAGACUAGUCAGGGUAGUCUUAUUAAGCUGAGGACAAAGAAGACUCAGGUUAAUUACCGCACGUAACUAAUCUAACAUUGGUGGUAUUUUUUCGCUUGUCAGGCGUAUUGCCUAUCAGGAAUCCACCCAAACAUUUGGCGUGAUCUCUAUGCGUAUUGAAGUUCUGGAUCCCACAACAAAUUCCACCCAACCCCUCCACCCCAGUGCAAGCACUAUGGCUCAGAGCAUAACUACCAGCGUAUCAACUGGCAUGCCAGGCACAUCCACCGGUAGCUCCAGCAGAGCUGCUGCUGCUGACGGCAUCACUUUUGGCGAUGAGGUGGAAAGAAGUAGUGUCUUGAUUAUUGAUCAACACACCUUUGAAGGUAUGUCUUAGUAACCAUGCACUUUGCCUUGCUUAGUUCACACAUAGUUAAUUGAGUGGAAUGGUUAUGAAACCCGCCAGACUCCUUUGUUAUAUGUUUUUGUGGACCUGAAAGUGCACAACGUUCAAAAGAAUUCCUAUCAUUUUGAUUGUAUUGACCAAUAAAAACGUUGCAUUAAUUUAUUCCGUAACAAUUUGCCAACAGAAAACAAAGGAUUGUGCACUUUCACGGUACUUCCAACAUAAACUGCCGCACUGUUGUUUUUAUCAUUGAUGUUUGCCGCUUUUCAUAACCAGUCUCCUCUAAUAACUAUGGUUCACGGGUGUCCAAAUUAUCGUCGCUGUCAAUUUCGGAUGCUGUACUAAAGUGGAGAGUCUUAAGCACGUCGACCCCUUCAUCAGUAGUGGGAUCUAAAAUUUUGUCAGUAACCAUAUAGCAAGCGAAGCAAGCUUUAAUGAGAUUGCCAAGCGACUCAAGUGGCUGGCGCGGUGGCGAGGUUUCGCCUGCCCCUCUUGAAAGAAUUUGAAUCUAGUUUUCCGCCAAAAUCAUAGUCAGGGGACAGUGUUUUAUCGGUCGCUUGACAGAUCUUUCAAAGGUCCAAAAGCUUAUGUGACAGUAACAACGAGCAUAGCAGUAUUAGUCUUGAUUGACGUCUUGUUCGUCGUUGAUUCUGAUUGGCGUGCGCUAUGAUUUAUUCAGCUGAAAUCGGCGUGCUGUAAGUGAGAAAAGUCCUUCGUUGGUGUGGCAAUUCCUUAUUUGGGCAAUUGAGCUAUAGUGCUGCUAUUUAAAUGAAACCUCUUCAUAUUUGGUAAUACUAUUUUGUUUGUUACAAUUUUGCCAGUUUAAAUUUAGUUUUUUCUCCCGGGAAUUUUGACUACAACGAAAGUGUUAACGCAUCAUUUUCCUGUUACAGUGACGCAUGCGCAUGAUCUUCAAGACCACGAGUGUGCCACCAGUCUGAUUUCGUGUACGUUAUCAGGUGAUCCUAACAGUUCAUUCAGUAGCAAUGGAUCCUCCAACACAUUCUACUGCGUUGGUACAGCUUACGUCUUCCCUGAGGAGCCGGAACCCAAAACAGGACGACUUAUCUUAUUCCAGCUACUAGAAGGUAGAAAAAAAGACAACUUACGAUAGAGUAACGGCCUACGUCAACGAAUACACUACCUUUAAUAAUAGAGACCGUAAGACUCAAGAACAAGAACGACUACGAACUCAGUACAAUAUUUGAUUAAAAGCUUUUUCGCGUAUUGUCAAAAAAUCGACGCCCCGAAAUGCUUCAUUGUUUUUUUUUUUUUCACCAGAAAAGUUAGCACGGUUAUCUCUGGUGGAGGAGGUUAAGCCCUCUCCAGAUCGCAACACGUUAUUUCUCUAACAUUUGAUAACUUGUUUCCGCCACUACGAGCAUUCUCGCUUAAACGCGUAGUAGCAUGACGACGGCUAUCGCGUUUUCCCGCCAAAUGAGGCUGGUUCACGCGUAAGCACUACUGAGUACUGAGAAAAUCUCGUACUUGUCGUCGUACUCGUCUUAUUAGAAACCAAAGAUCUCUAAUGUCAAAACUGGCGAUAUAAACACAACUUAGGCCUGCAAAUAAUCGUCAGGUAAGAUUUCCGUUCAACCCCAUAAUUUAUUAUGCAUUCACUAAUUUCAUACUAUUUUACACAAAUAGUUAAUAUGAAUAGAAUAGAAACAUGUAUGCAUAAUAAUUGAUGGGGCUGUACAGAAAUCUUUCCCACAGUUUUUACUCUACAUUAUAGAGGGUGGAGCUUUAUGUCUAAGUGCGCCAAAACUCCUAUCACAAAGAUGUGAAAGGCCAGUAACUUCUUAUCACACCUUAAAAAUAUGUUUGCAAACACAUGUACAAAUUUGAUAUUUGUAUGAAAAAAACUUUGUGCCGUGCACCUGCAAAUGCCCUUUCAUACAAAUUCGUAAGUUGGGCGCCUUAUAAUUCCGUUGUUGGUACUUUUGUUUCAGGGAAACUUGUCCAAGUCGCUGAAAAGGAAGUCAAAGGUGCUGUGUAUUCGCUCGUGGAGUUUAAUGGCAAAGUUUUGGCUGGUAUUAAUAGUACGGUAAGCACAAUGAUUUCACGAAAAAAUAAAAUAAAAAAAGUUGCAUGUAAGCUAUCCUAGCCCAGAAACAAGGCAACAUGUCAGGCGAAGACGAAGAUGGUUUGAUGUCCCAAGUCAAUCUUGUGGGAUUUCAACUCUUUUCUUACGUAAACGCUUCUUUUCUUCCAAUGAAUUAGCAUAGAUGCUGGGGCAUGGGUACGUCAGUAAAAUCGCUUUAGGGGCCAUUCCUUGAGCAUGCUUCUCUUUGUGUUUACCCAGGCCUUUGACGGACCUAACACCUUCACCGUUUCCAAAUUUUUCAUCCCAUAUCUAGACUGCUGCUAGUAUCUUGGGGCGGUGGGUUGAGCGAGCAAAUCGAACGAUCGAUCGAAAAAAUGUAGAGCCGAGUGAAAACUGGGAAGAAAGCACCUCCUCCGAAAAGGGUUAGAGAGACGCCUUUCUUCAGUUCCCCUUUCGGCCCAUACACGUGCACACUUACGACGUAAGCAUGAAAGAUCGGCCUAAGGGCCACCAGCGUCAAAAAAAGUUAAUAGGGCGGCAAAAACAAGAACGAUUUGUGAUGUAGAGAUUAAAAAUUAACCUGCAAAAGUUAUUCCUGGAACAGUUAUAGUAAAUGAAUGUGCGUUGGAAAGUGGACAGAGGAGAAACUAACCUUCGGCAAGGAUCCCACGGAAAUACAUGAAACGUCAAGUCUUUCCUAUUAUCGGAACGAUUAAUACAAAACGCAGCAGAGCGGCAUUUGUGAGGACUAAUUUUUUGUCAUAAUAGAAGGGCAUGCUUCUGCCACUUUAUACAAUUUAAUGGGCCAUUUUCGAGCUCUUCGGGGCCUCUGUAUCAAAACGAGGUUAAGUACUCAGCUUUUGAUAUGGAAAUAAUUUUUCAUUCUCAUGCAAAUAAAACUCACUUUCACAAGAAAGGUUGUACACUUGGCCUCAUUUUGAAAGUGAGGGUUUUUGGAACUCGGAAGUGGCCUAUUGCGAUGGGGCCCUUAGGAGCACUCGCUUUCAUGCGUACGUCUUAAGUGUGUAUUGGUUUUCUUUAAUCCUUCGGAGGGUCGAAACGACUGACUGAAAAGCUGGUGACUGCCUAUAGUCCGCUUCUUCCGUCGUAUCCAGACUGUACUAAGCACCAUUUACACUGGCAUCUUGUUUCCGGUUUACAAGUUCGUCCUUGACAGGUUUUUUUUGGUAGUGUAUUUAACAGAAUUGCCAAUUUUUUUCCCAUCAAGGGAAAAGCUAUUUGUAGCCAUAGCUGUGGCUUUUUGAAGUUCAACCUAGAUGCAGCUCUGUUCUUACCUGUGUUGUCUCUACAGGUCAACAUUUAUGAGUGGACGGCGGAUAAGGAGUUGCGAUUGGAAUGCCAAUUUUUGAAUAACAUCCUGGCCCUUUUUCUCAAGUCCAAAGGAGAUUUUAUUUUGGUAAGUGUUUUGUUUUCAUUGCUUUAGUCAAGAGAGAAUAAUCCCAUUAUCCUCUUGUGCUUUAUUUUAUGGUACUUAUGUAAUUUGACUUGAAAUAUAAUUAUGACUUGAAAUGUCUAGAUGGAAAUUCACGAAAAAUUUCUUUAAAAUACCCGCUGAGCAUCGCUUGUGAAUGAAAACACAUGCGAAAGGGUAAGCGUUCGGACUCGCCUUGAGAAAGAGGCCAGGUCUGUUGAACAAGACAAGAAAAAAAGGUUGUCGUUAGAGAAACUGUGGUUUUAGCGUCAGUAGGGGAGUGAAUCACAAAAAUCGUUUUAUCAAGUGAGUUGAUGUGUAUGUACUUGCCACCGUAAUGCAAUUCUGAAGUUGACGUUUCCAACGGUGGUCUUUGUAAGGUGGACUGUGCACCUUCUCAACUUUGUUGCUAAUCCAAACCAGGGCUGUCAACCCCUUAAGUCUUCAAAUAUUGAGAAAUGAUAGAAGACGUCAUAAUGCACAGCCCAUGACGUCAUUUCGCCAAAAAACGCGCGAAGUAGAUGUUGUUGGAAUUGUAACAUUUGACCUGAUUGGUUUACUUGUCCCCAAUCACGUUAUUGCUUAUAUUUCAAUGGCAUACCGGAGUUUAUAAGGAAACGUUCAAUGUCCACUCAAACAACGCAAAAUAUUUGAAAUUUCAUUGUCAGAGAGUCGAGUCUACAAGAAAUGGCAAACUUUGGUGAUUAUUCGGGAGAUUUCGGGAGAUUUUUUAUUUAUUUAUUUUAUUUUUUAUUUUUAUUCGGGAGAUUUCAGCCUCUAAUCUGGAGACCGGGAGAUACGGUUCAAAAUCUGGAGUCUCCCGAAUUAUCCGGGAGAGUUGACAGCGCUGCCAAACAUAGAAUUUGUCUACCGGGUUUUGACACCUACUAAAUAGUGGCAACUAGGUUUUACAUUUUAUGAUAGCACGGUUCUCAAUAGAAGGCGGCACCCGGCGAUUGAUCGCCGCUUACUUUGGGAUUUAUAGCCGCUUACUUUGUGUUUAAGUCGCUUUUCUUUGCUUUAUUUUGACACCUCUGUUCUUUGCUGAAGAGCCUCCUACUUUAUCAGUGAUAACCUCCUACUUAAAAAUCUAUUGAGAACCCUGUGAUAGGCCAUUUCCGAGUUGUUCGAAGCCUCUGUUUCAAAGCAGGCUAAGUGCAAAGCCGUUGAUAUGAAAUUAUUUUUAUUCUCAUGCAAAUAGGAAUCAUUUUCACAAGAAAGAUUUUUGCACUUAGCCUCGUUCUUGGAACUCGGGAGUGGCCUAUUGAUUUUAAAGUUAAGGGGUGUAGCCAAUCCGUAGUACGGUUACUUGCUGUUUUGCAGGUUGGAGACUUGAUGAGGUCUAUGACUCUGUUAGCCUACAAGUCCAUGGAAGGGAGUUUGGAAGAGGUAUGGACUGAUAUGGGUGCUAUUUCUGUACCUUUGAUCAGAGAAUAAUGGGGAUAAGUUAUAGGUUAAAUCCUUUUUCAGUUUAAACCAGAAUUUCCUUUCUUUCCUAUAAAUAAUAAGGACCAGAAAACAAAGCAAAAUUUGAGCAAAACUAGGUUGUUUACUUGGUUGACCUGAAAACAAAUGUGUAAAUAAGGACUCGCCUAUAGCGUUAUCGCUUUCAUGGCAACACAAUCUCAAGGGUCUCCGUAUGGAACAAACUUGUUCUGUCAUUAAAAUCACGUUCUAUUCCCUCUUGUUGAUAGAUUGCCCACGACUACAGCCCAAACUGGAUGACGGCGGUUGAGAUCCUUGAUGAUGACACGUUUUUAGGAGCCGAGAACUCUUUCAACUUGUUCACGUGUCAGAAGGAUAGCGGUGCUGCUGCGGAUGAUGACAGAUCCUACCUUCAAGACGCUGGACAGUUCCACCUUGGAGAGUUUGUUAACGUCUUUAGACAUGGUAAGUGAGCAGUGUGCGGCUAAUUCCAGCCAAUGAGUGACCGUAGUCCCUGUCCCACGCUGAUCAGGGACGGUAGGCCUUUUUCGCGCGCUGCUCAGGGACGGUGGGCUUUUUCCCGCGCUGCUCAGGGACGGUGGGCUUUUUCCCGCGCUGCUCACAGAUCCUAUUUCGUCCUUUGAUUUUCCCAAGGGACGGGAGCCUUUUUCCCGCGCAGCUUAGGAUGGUAAGCCUUUUUCCCGCGCUUAUCAGAGACGGUGGGGCUUUUUUCCCAGGCUGAUCAGGGAAGGCAGGCCUUUCCUGCGCUCAUCAGGGUUACGGUGGUACUUCUCACAUGCUAAUCAGGAGCGGUGGUACCUGCAGGCAGUCCAGGUGGAUGGUUUAAGGCCUAAUCUCUGUACAAAUACAAAGACAAAUAAACCCUAGUUAGUAUCAAAUACAUUCUUGCAUUUCUUUGAAUACUGCGGUUCUCUUCCUCGAUGGUGUUUUCGUGUUUUUUUUCUCUCGGUCUCCUGUUUGAGAUUCAGAAGACCGUGAACACCUGAAAUAUUUCAGGGAUGUUGAUUAUUGUGUUUUCGCCAAUCGCAACAAAGAUCAGUAGGUACAAGCGGAGAACAAAAUAGCAAACCUUAUUCUCGGUUUUCACUGUCACGCAAUCAAAAAUAAAAUUGCAAACCAUUCAAUACAGAAAGUCCCGAAUCUAGGAAAUAAAAGAAGAUAAAUAAGCAAAAGGCCUCGCCAAGAAUCAGGUCUGUGCGAUAUUUCAUAUGCGAGAUAUUAGGAAAAACGUUUUACCCAAAUUUACAAAGCUUUGUAUGGCGACGCCAUGUUUGUGUCCCUUUGCGGGGCACAAAUAUGGCCGCCGGAAACCAACAGAAACAUCUGUUUUUGAUUUUUCCUACUAAUGCGUUAAUUCAUCGCUUGAAAAACUCAUAAACUAUUAAAGUGAUAUUUAUUCUGAGACAAAGAAUGUUUAGACAGCAAAAUCUCCCAAAAUUGGUAAUGUUUUUAACCCACAUAAGAGCCGUUGUGGCCGCCAGCUAAAUGCCGCGUCACGCAAAAGCCUAGAAAUUCAAACGUCCUCUAUCGCAAAACGAAGAACCCUUUCGAACCAAAACUCUUUUUAAAUAAAGGUGUUUAGGUGCUGUAAUACCUCAUGAAACUCAGAAACUCAGAAGAAUCGAUAGUUUCUUAGUUUGAAUAUAGGUGACGUCAUGUGAAAACCGAGAAUUAACGUAACUACUUACAGCUUAGUUUUGUUUCGCUGAUAAACUAUUCCUUGCAACACGAUAACAUUUCAGCGCCCAGUUGUUGGAAGGCCGAUUAGCACUUAACCUGGGCUUAGAUUUAACUCGGGUUUCUUUUUCUUUUGUUCAAAAGCAUUUUCUUGGAUAAUUUUCUCUGUUAUUUUUAGAGCUUCCAACCAUCAAUUUGUUGAAAAAAGGAAUUAAAACUGAAAUGCCUUUUACAGUUGUAAGCUUUCAAAUCUGAAUUCAAAUCUCGCAGUAACCCUGGGUUAUUUUAACCCAGCUUUGAAAAACUCGGUCCAGAAGUAUUUCAGGUGUUCACGGGUUUCUGAGAUCCAGUUUACACGAGUCCGGACAAAUUUUUCAUCGGACGAAUUUUUUUGCCUGUGCAACCCGUUUACACGGAACCGUGCAAAUUCCGCGGGUCCCGAGUAAACGAAAGGCGGAUCUUUGCAAGUUUUUGACCGUUCAAAUUUUUUUCUGGAUCCGUGUAAACGGGCUCUGAGUUUCAUAUCUGCGACAUAAUGCUUGGAGAAGCUGAGUGGUGAACUAAUGUGUCUUUCUGUCGGGGGGGAGGGGGUGGGUGGGUCGUAUUCCUCCUCUCUUGUGAGUUAGAUAUAACAUGUUCCUUCUUGUUUCGUUUUGUAGGCUCUCUCGUCAUGGAACAUCCCGGUGAAGCGUCCACACCAUUUCAAGGCUGUGUUUUGUUUGGCACUGUCAACGGCACAAUAGGUUAGACACAAUCUGUUGUUCUCUCCAUUGAGGAAUAGGAGAGGGGUAGGGGAAGCAAGAUUAGGGAGGAGGGUGGGGAUAGAGAGUGUAGUAAUCCAGACUGACAAAUAAUUUGCAAUUGUUGAAUCUUUAUUCUCCCUUUUCGUGAAGUCAUCGAAUCUAGUAAGCUUAGCUUCCAGGUGGCGAUGUCUGGUUCGCCACUGAUUCUUUCAUGGCAAGUCUAUGGGCCUGUUUACAUGGAGGUGGGGGACCCCAUUUAGGUCAGGUAACCCGCUUAAGUGGGGUAACCCGCCUGUCCAUAUAAUCUCUCAUUUUAAUGUGAUCACGUUUACAUGUUAGGUGGGGUGACCCGCCACCUGUUACCUCACCUACCCGGAGUUUGCAACGUGGGAAAACAAAAUUUAAACCAGCGAGAAAAUUGAACUACAACACGUGGUUUUCUUCUUCACUCAGUUGAUCUUAGUCUUCUUGUGCAAGAAAAUUCUUAAUUGAUUUGAUUUAACAGGAAUUGUAGCCCAGCUGCCUCAAGAACUGAGCACGUUUUUAACGGUGGUGCAAGUAAAACUCAGUAAAGUUAUCAAGAGUGUUGGAAAGAUAGACCACUCAUUAUAUCCUUGAACUAUUUGUCUUACUGUAGAUGUGGAACUCUGUCAAGGAAGACAGAUUUAGAACGUCUCCUUUUAAUCACAUCCCGUCUUUUGGUCACUUGUUUUAAAUCUUAGGUUAUGUUUAUACUAUUCCGAAUAACUUUCCCAAGUGUGUAGUAUGAAUAGCAACGGUUCAGAACUGGAACAAGUCGCUCACACAUAUCGAACAAUUUGGCCGUGAUGGUUUUGUGAACAGGGUCCAUACAGAGUCUUGAAUUCUUGAAAAAGUCUUGAAAUUUGCCCAGCAAUUUCCAGACCUGGAAAAAGCUCCUGCGUUUUUUUAAGGUCUGUAUUGAUCACCUUUUUGGUAACCUUGAGUCUCGAAAAAGAAAUUAUUGUUAUGGAAAAAAGUCUGGAGAAAGUCUUGAAUUUUGGAUCCAAAAAUCUCUACGAACUCUGUGUGAACUAAAUCCCAGUCCUCACUUCGUCCCCUAUCGAUAUGUGACGCUCCACUUUAGAGAUCGGCGCGGCGCAGCUCCGCUCCGUUACAGAAAUCGCGCCGAAAUCACCGUUCUUACGUGUGAACAGAAUUGCUAUACGGUAUGGUUUUUGUGCCGGCGCAAAUUAGCUAUCCGAUAAGUAUGAACACCUAUCCGAUAUGUGACGCUCUACUUUAGAGAUCGGCGCGGCGCAGCUCCUCUCCGUUACAGAAAUCGCGCCGAAAUCACCGUUCUUACGUGUGAACAGAAUUGCUAUACGGUAUGGUUUUUGUGCCGGUACAAAAGCUAUCCAGUAUAGUCUUAGUCUUUGCAUUGGAAUGAAACUCUCUCAAUCGAUAAUUGUUUUAUUACGAAUACCCGCAUUCUUAAUACAGUGGAACCUCGAUAUAACGAAGAGCUAAGAGACCGUUGGCAAAAAUUUGUUUGCUAUAACGAGGUUUCAUUAUAGCGAGGUUCUUUUUCAUAUGUUUCACUGUUACUGGGGUAAAGAAAAUCGUUCGUUCGAGAACUUCGUUAUAUCGACUCGGGGUUCGUUGUAUCGAGGUUCCACUGUGACGAUUUUAGCGGCACCUGUCACGUGGUGAUUGAGCUAAAGACUGCAAGAGUUUCCGUACAGGGACCAGUGAGAAGUUAACUGUAAUAAGAAUUACUGCAGAAUUUAAUAAUGCCUUAACUAGUUUUUCCACCUGGCGCGCCUUUUCCAAUGAGAGAAAAACUGAGCCAUCGGUCGGCUUUGUGGACGGAGAUUUGAUCGAAAGCUUUUUAGAUCUCCCUCGGUCAAAGAUGGAAGAGGUGGCCUCGGGACUACAGGUAAGUGUCAAGUUUUGUUUCGGUAAUUGUUUCAGACUACCCCAGGCUCCAGGCCGAAGGAAGAUAGCAGACUCAUGGUAUAAAAUUUAGCCUGGGAGUUUUUCCCUCUCGGAGCGGGGUCUGAUUACCCCGCAGAGCAGGGUUUUUCCUGGGACGCGCCAGCACUAGUAUUUCUUGAGUUGUGCUGCACGGGAAAGGGGCCAGGGCUAUGGUCGGGAACGAGGCAGGCGGGAUCACGGAUGUCCGUAAGGGCUGUGAAAACGAGAUACAACCCUUAUAAUAGUGCUUGACUGCUCAGCCAAUCGGGGCUUGCUGGCUGGUUAAAGAGAAUGUAAAGUCCCUGUCAGUAAUAAAUUUUUUUUUAUAGGAGCACUAACACGGUCACUGGUAAUCAUAUAAUUCAGUUACAUUGUUUUUAGGUUCUUUAUUGUUGUAAUGCGCUUUUGAUCACCUAGCGUGUUAAAAAGCGCACUAUAUAAAUGAAUAAAUUAUUAUUAUUGUUAUUGUUAUUAUUAUUGACCCUGAAAUAAGGACGGAAACAAAUAAUUUAUAUAAACUUAGCCAGUUAGAAUGCCGACUAGCCGGAUGCAAUCCAGUUUUAUUAACAAGUGUGACUGAGGAGUUGAACUCGGGACUACCGAGAACAAAUUCAGCUAGCGGUCAGGGUGAGACUUGAACUUGCAAGUCCAGCGCUCUAACCGCUCGGCCACGCAGCGUCCACAAACUCUCUAAGGUGGUCUCGUAUCUACCUGAAUAGAUUGAUGAUGGCAGCGGUAUGAAGAAAGAGUGCUCGGUCGAGGACCUGGUCAAAGUUAUUGAAGAACUGACGAGAAUCCAUUAAGAAAACGUUAUUCUGUGUUAAACUUCGACACCAGAGGCAUUUGAAAUCGGAUUACAUGCAAGUGAGCCUCGAAUCCGUUAACCUUUGCAAUGUAAAUACGUGACUAAGCUUUGACGGGUAACGCCGACCCUAACUUUAAGUGUUAUACCUAAUAUUUAAGGUAUACAUGUACUCGCGUCUUAAAGAACACACAUUAGUUGGAGGCAAUUUCGCGAUGCAUGUUACUUCAGGCUUACGCGCGCCUUCAUGCAGUUAUUCUUUAACGCCGAACUGUAAAUAUUACGCGCGUAAAUAAAAUAGAGGCAGUGCAUGAAAAGGUCGCGCGUAAACGUAAAACUUGAAUCAAGAUGGAUUUCCACUGACAAGUAUUUUUCACGUGCGCAAGCACGUAUAUUUUACGCGCGUAUACAAAAUAGAGGCAACAUAUGAGGCGACAGUGGAAAUCCACCCUCACGCUCAAAGUGUUCAUUUACACGUGACCUUCUUUAUUUACGCGCGUAAAAUUUACGUGCGUACUCACAUAAAAAUUACGCAAAAGUGGAAAUCCAGCUUUACGCGCGACCUUUCAUGUGUUGCGUUGUUUUAGUUAAGCGCGUAAAAUUUACGAGCGCACGUACUUAAAAAUUGCGCGACAGUGGAAAUGCUCCUUUACACGGCUGCUGCUGUUUUGGGAUUUGCUUUCGCCCUAUGACGUGUCCUGGGCCACGCGCCCGGCUUGUUGUGAGAGCGCGUGGUUACCUGCAACAGUUUUUGUUUUUUGGUCCGAGUGUGCCGUCCACGCUUUAUAACUGAACUUACGCAACAGAACGGGAGAGGAAAGAAGACGGCAAACCUUGCGUGACAAGCG